AUGGAUCUCCCUCCAUACGAUAAGUUUUUGAAACUAUUGAAAGCAACUAUGUGGCUAGAAGGAACUGCUUACGGCAAUCCUAAAAUAGAGAAAAGAUUUUACAUCAUCGCGUGUAUAGUAUCAAUAAUGGUUUCCUCAGAAGCUGCUUUCUUUUUCUUAAAUAUGUCUUCAGAAAACUUUAUUGAGUUAGCGCAAUCAGCUCCAUGUUUUGUAGCUGUGAUAUAUUAUACAACUGCUGAUGGUUUCUACGUCGUAUUGUCUUCACAAAUUUGCGCAAAUUUCUGCGUUAUCAGUGAUAUGAUUGAAAAUUUAGAUGCAACCAAUAUCGACACAUUAAAUGAUAUUGUAAAAGCUCAUCAAAACAUUUUAAAGCUCAGCGAUGAUUUGGAAGAUAUUUUCAUGGUGCCUAAUCUGUUUAAUAUGUUGACGGGAGCACUGCAAAUAUGUGCACUUGGAUUAAAUAUACUGAUAGGUCCCUGGGAAGAGAUUCCAGGCUGCCUACUAUUUUUGGUUUCCGUCCUUAUGCAGAUUCUAAUGAUGAGCAUCUUUGGAGAAAAUAUUAUAAGAGAUAGUACGAAAGUUGGUGAUGCAGCUUACCGGUGUAGUUGGUAUAAUAUGGAUUCUAAAUCUAGAAAAACGAUUCUGUAUGUAAUGAUAAGAUCCCACAAGGCACAAAAAUUAACCGCAUACAAAUUCUCAGUAAUCUGUUACUCAAGUUUCUCUAAGAUUAUAAGCUCAUCAUGGUCUUACUUCACUAUUUUACAAACAUUAUACAAGCUAUCGGAUACUAAUAAAGCUUAG